UCCUUCAGCUAGACAAGUGAUUACCUACUUAUACGUUCAGUCACAGUCCUAGUUUGAGCAUUCCAACUUUUAUUCGCGUUAAUUAUAUAAGUACAUAUAUAAUUUCUACGCGAGAAUGAUAGAAAAUAUUUGGAUUAAAUUCGUACUCGUCGUUCAAGUGCUUGCGAGUCGAUCGGCAUGCAAGUCUAUCACUCCAAAUCUGGGUUUACCACCAGUAUAUGUAGGACCGAAUAGCAAUGGCGAACCAUCUAACGAAUCAUCUAACGAAUCAUUAUCGGAAGAAAUAAUAUCCUGGAAUACAGACUACGAUGUUGCCCGAAUUCUACAUCCUAAACAUUGGACCAGCAUUCACAUGCAAACAGGUGAUUUCAUGAACACAAAUGUCGAAACUUUCGAACAACUGAUUACAAAUAACGUUAUCGUGGACAAGAGUUUAUUAAUAAAGCGUAUAUUUGAGGAUUCAGAAUCGGAUCAUUUGUUAAUUACUGGACCACGAAAAUGGGGAAAAUCUAUUAAUUUGAAAAUGAUUCAAACGUUCGCCGAAAAACUCGAUAAAAAUGGAGAAAUUAUGGUACCUGAAACCACUCUAGCGUACAAUUACUUCAAAAAUGGUAAAUGCCCGGGAAGAUAUAACGAACAAGACGUAAAUAUUAGUAUGAUGAUUGACAUGACAGAACCACCUCUUAUAUCCGAAUAUGAAACCGUUAUCAAGCACCAUUUAUUGAAGUAUUCCGUAAUUUAUUUAGAUUUCACGAUGUCUGUACCACUGACAUUUCAGCAGUUUCUUGUAUCUUUUCGAAGAAACAUUAUCAACGCCUUUAAAGAGAAAGAAUACUUACGCGAUAAAUUGCGUAAUAUUAAUACCAAAAAAACCACUCGAAUGUUGACAGAAUUUGAUCGCAUUAUGGAUACAUCUCAACAUGCUCCCGAUAGCCAACUUUUGAUCGAAAGCGUGGAAUUACUCUGCAUAUGUAUUAGUACCUGUUACCCCGAAUUACCGAUACUUAUUUUGAUUGACGAAUACGAUAUUAUUUACAACGAAAUCUUCUUUUCCGGUGAUGUUGAUCAUAAUAACCCCGAAGUGGAACUGAUGAUUGAUUUUUUCAAAGCCUUCAUGUGCAAUUCAUUUCGAAGCUACAAAAUUUCUUCAUACCGGUAUUCCCAAGUUAUCUUAACGGGAAUUUGCGAACUGUUUAAAGCACAUUUAUUCACAACUAUGAAUAAUUUUCAAGUGUGGGCGAUGAUUGAAGGACCUAAAACUUAUCCUUUUUACGGAUUUACGGCUAAGGAAGUCGAUAUCUUACUCGAAAAGAGAGGAAGGUUAGCGGACAAAGGGAGUGUGUAUGCGCUAUAUGACGGAUACCAUCCCUCGUCCCACCUGAAUUGCUCAUUAUUUGAUCCAAUUUCGAUGAUUGGUUACUUGAAUGCGAAAAAAUUGGAACCGUAUUGGAUUCAAACAGGAGGCAAACUCAGUGACGAGUUACCCAAAUUGUUCAAAAGUUUCCAAAUAAGACUCGCCUUCCAGUCGUUGCUAACAAACGUGAAGAUUCUGCAGAUUUCCGAAUAUUAUGCAAUGAGGCCUUCGACAGAUGAAUUGAAAGAAAUAUCUGAUUUAAUACGCGCAGAUAAAAUAACAAAACAACUCUCUUAUUCAACUGUCGAUGGCGUCAUCGGCGUAUUACUUUCUACUGGAUAUCUCACCCUCAGCGAAUGUCAGCCCACAUCUGAUCUUGGUGAGUAUAUCUAUGUUACAAUUCCGAAUCACGAGAUUGAGAAGUAUUUCAUCGAAGAACUGGAUAAUUACUGUUGCCAUUUACGAAAUCGCUAUUCAUCUGAAAUCGAAAACGCAUCGGUCGCAUUUCGAGAUUAUUUUUAUUCCAGCAACGAUGAUCAAUUCCUUCAACUGGAAACAUCUCUGAAACAGUUGUUUAGCACGGAAGGAUUGUACCAAAAUGCGGUAACUUAUUUCAAGCAGUUGUCUGACCAAAAAAAUGGAAUACCCGAAGAACGAGUAGGGUUUUUAUCGAAUAACGAUAUAAUCUUGGAAACAUUAUUGCAAUUCAGACGCAAUAAUCCAGCCGUAAGCCUAGGGACCGAAUAUCCAUUCGAUUUUACAUCUCCUGUAAUUCGAACGGAUAGGUAUCGAAUGGGUAUGAUUAUAUGGCAUCUCGACACAGUUUUGAUUAUAGAAAUGAGAGAGGAUAAAACGGAAACCCUCGAUGACAUUUUAAGUCGAGCUCGUAAUUAUCUGCUCUUAUUCACCGAGCGAAAAUUCCAAGUUUUUAAACUCAUUGGUAUGGACGUGCUUGAUAAUGGAGAUGGCGGCGUCCCUAUUGUACAACUGAAACAAGAAAUUUUACGCCAAAAAGAUGUACAAGCAUUUCACAACGAAUUCAAAGAAGUGGAGGAAGCGGCGAUAAAAUUAAACGCGCAGUGUCGCGGAAUAACCAAUGAAGAAGAAAUGAAGAUGGCUUGGAGACGGCUUUGGACGAGGAUAGCGAAAGGACUCAUAAAACAAGCUAAAAAGAUGGCUGAGAUGCCCAAGUCCGAUAUGUUGGUGCCACCAAAUUUCGAAAAUGAGCUUCCUCCUAAUUUACUCUGUGAUCCAACGUCAUGGUCAGCCGAAGACGUCGAUUCAUUUCUUGCUUUAUGUAAAAAUCAAUUCAAUCUAACAUCAGUCAAGAAAUUCCACUGCAGCGGAGAAAUGCUAGUUGCACAGGACCAGAAACAAUUUGAAACAAUGUGCCAGGAAGGUGGUGGUCUUCGUGUAUUUAAUGCAUUACAAUACAUCUUGAAAAAGUACUCGACUAAUCAAACACAAGAUAAGUAAGUUGCUGAACUGCAUAAUAAGUAUACUUACCAAGUAUUGACUUAUUUGCCAAGUAAUUAUUGGAGUUCACUACUCAAGAAAUAUACAUUUUCAAGUUAACUAUAGGAAUUUUCCAUCAUUUUUCCAAAAUUUAACGAAAAAUGUAAAAUAUGUAAAUAAAACAAUUUUAAUUCCAA